GGAAAUGAAAAUUCUCUAACUGAGUGUGGACACAAUGGAUUUGGGACACAUAACUGUGGACAUGGCGAGGAUGCUGGAGUUGUUUGUUUGGCUGGGCUGUGGGAGAGCAUUGGAGGCCACUUCAUCUGCUCGCUUUGGUCAAGGAAGUGGACAAAUCUGGCUUGAUAAUGUGGCCUGUUCAGGAAAUGAAAGUUCUCUAACUGAGUGUGGACACAAUGGAUUUGGGACGCACAACUGUGGACAUGGUGAGGACGCUGGUGUCGUCUGUUCAGGACAGAUCAGACUAGCUGGGUCUGGGUCCACUCAGUGCUCUGGAAGAGUUGAAAUCUAUCACAGUGGCUCCUGGGGAACAGUCUGUGACGAUGACUGGGGCAUUAGUGAUGCCAAUGUGGUCUGUAGAAAACUGGGCUGUGGGGCAGCAGUGGAGGCCACUUCAUCUGCUCGCUUCGGUCAAGGAAGUGGACAAAUCUGGCUUGAUGAUGUGGCCUGUUCAGGAAAUGAAAAUUCUCUAACUGAGUGUGGACACAGAGGAUUUGGGACGCACGACUGUAACCAUGGUGAGGAUGCUGGUGUUGUUUGUUCAGCACCUCAGAUCAGGUUUGCUGGAUCUACUUCAUGUUCAGGAAGAGUAGAAUUUUACUACAACAGUUCAUGGGGAACAGUCUGUGACGAUGACUGGGACUUAAAUGAUGCUAAGGUGGUCUGUAGACAGCUGGGCUGUGGGAGAGCAUUGGAGGCCACUUCAUCUGCUCGCUUCGGUCAAGGAAGUGGACAAAUCUGGCUUGAUGAUGUGGCCUGUUCAGGAAAUGAAAGUUCUCUAACUGAGUGUGGACACAGAGGAUUUGGGAUGCACAACUGUAAACAUGGUGAGGAUGCUGGUGUCGUCUGUUCAGGUCAGAUCAGACUAGCUGGGUCUGGGUCCACUCGGUGCUCUGGAAGAGUUGAAAUCUAUCACAGUGGCUCCUGGGGAACCGUCUGUGAUGAUGACUGGGACUUAAAAGAUGCUGAAGUGGUCUGCAGACAGCUGGGCUGUGGGGCAGCAGUGGAGGCCACUUCAUCUGCUCGCUUCGGUCAAGGAAGUGGAAAAAUCUGGCUUGAUGAUGUGGCCUGUUCAGGAAGUGAAAGUUCUCUUACUGAGUGUCGACACAGUGGAUUUGGGAAACAUAACUGUGGACAUGGUGAGGAUGCUGGUGUCACAUGUUCAGGUCAGGAAGAACCAGAACCGGGACAGAUCAGACUAGCUGGGUCUGGGUCCACUCAGUGCUCUGGAAGAGUUGAAAUCUAUCACAGUGGCUCCUGGGGAACAGUCUGUGACGAUGACUGGGGCAUUAGUGAUGCCAAUGUGGUCUGUAGAAAACUGGGCUGUGGGGCAGCAUUGGAGGCCACUUCAUCUGCUCGCUUCGGUCAAGGAAGUGGACAAAUCUGGCUUGAUAAUGUGGCCUGUUCAGGAAAUGAAAAUUCUCUAACUGAGUGUGGACACAGAGGAUUUGGGACGCACGACUGUAACCAUGGUGAGGAUGCUGGUGUUGUUUGUUCAGCACCUCAGAUCAGGUUUGCUGGAUCUACUUCAUGUUCAGGAAGAGUAGAAUUCUACUACAACAGUGCGUGGGGAACAGUCUGUGACGAUGACUGGGACUUAAAUGAUGCUAAGGUGGUCUGUAGACAGCUGGGCUGUGGGAGAGCAUUGGAGGCCACUUCAUCUGCUCGCUUCGGUCAAGGAAGUGGAAAAAUCUGGCUUGAUGAUGUGGCCUGUUCAGGAAGUGAAAGUUCUCUAACUGAGUGUGGACACAGAGGAUUUGGGAUGCACAACUGUAAACAUGGUGAGGAUGCUGGUGUCGUCUGUUCAGUGUGUGAUGAGACAAAAAUCGGUCAGAUCAGACUUGCUGGGUCUGGGUCCACUCGGUGCUCUGGAAGAGUUGAAAUCUAUCACAGUGGCUCCUGGGGAACCGUCUGUGAUGAUGACUGGGACUUAAAAGAUGCUGAAGUGGUCUGCAGACAGCUGGGCUGUGGGGCAGCAGUGGAGGCCACUUCAUCUGCUCGCUUCGGUCAAGGAAGUGGAAAAAUCUGGCUUGAUGAUGUGGCCUGUUCAGGAAGUGAAAGUUCUCUUACUGAGUGUCGACACAGUGGAUUUGGGAAACAUAACUGUGGACAUGGUGAGGAUGCUGGUGUCACAUGUUCAGGGGUCCCCCCCAAGCCAAGGAUCUCCAUAAGCAAGGGUGAGGUCACCUGGGGUCAGAGUGUCAGCAUCUCUUGUUUAGUCCCAACUCAGGCAUCAGAUGGAAAUUUCAUCCUCAAGAAGACGUCUGGCUCAUUCAUGGAGACUAAAAUCUCAUAUUCCAACUCUGCUAUCUUCAGUAUCAACAAAGUGAACUUCAGUCAUGAAGGACAGUACCACUGCCAGUACGAGGAAAGCAUUCAGGGUUCAAAGUUCUCCUCCCCCUUUAGUAACUCUGUAGGACUCUUUGUUACUGUAAACUUCUCAAAACCCCAUAUCUCCAUCAAUCCUGCUGGUGAGGUGACCUGGAGUCAGAACAUUGCAAUCACUUGUUCAGUCUCAACUCAGGUUUUAGGUGGAACGUUCAUUCUGAUGACAACAUCAGAUUCAUUCAACAGGACCCAAAAUUCAGCUACAAACUCUGCAACCUUCAAUAUUUCUUCUGUGGACUUUGAUGAUGAGGGAUCGUACCAGUGUCAGUAUCAGAAAAAGGGCCCAAGUCGGGACUUUAAUUCCCCGCUAAGUGACAGUGUCAUACUCAAUGUCACAGUCAAUUUGAUGCCGCUGCUGUCCUCAGUAUCUGUUGGACUCCUGUUGCUGCUCCUGCUGUUGCUGUUAGUGGUAGGGCUGAUGCGCAGGAGAAGACAACGACGAGCCAAGAAGCCUGUAGCUCUCAUCCACAGUCAAAUGGCUGUCCGAGUUGGGAAUGCUUACAAGUAUGGAGAUGAAGAUGAUGAUGAGGAUGAUGAGGAGGACUCUGUGAAUGUUGAUCUAGUGGACACUAAUGAAAAAAUCAAAGGAGGAGCUCCUGGACUGGAUGAAGACUAUGAUGAUUAUGAGGACCUAGUGAGUGAUGAUGAUCACGAUUAUGAGGAAGCAGGCCCAAAUGACAAAAAGUCCAAGGAGGCCUGUGUGAGUGUAGACUGUCACAGACAAGAUGAGGAAGAAACUAGUGAUGAAGAGGAAACUAGUGAUGAAGACGAAACUAGUGAUGAAGAAAACAACUAUGAGAAUGUAUCCCCGCCUUCAGCAAGUGUGGAUAAUAAGGAAGAAGAGGAAACUAGUGAUGAAGAAAACUAUCAGAAUGUAUCCUCGCCUUCAGCAAGUGUGGAUAAUAAGGAAGAAGAGGAAACUAGUGAUGAAGAAAACUAUCAGAAUGUAUCCUCGCCUUCAGCAAGUGUGGAUAAUAAGGAAGAAAAUGAAACUAGUGAUGAAGAAAACAACUAUGAGAAUGUAUCCUCGCCUUCAGUAAGUGUGGAUAAUAAGGAAGAAGAGGAAACUAGUGAUGAAGAAAACAACUAUGAGAAUGUAUCCUCCCCUUCAGCAAGUGUGGAUAAUAAGGAAGAAGAGGAAACUAGUGAUGAAGAAAACAACUAUGAGAAUGUAUCCCCGCCUUCAGCAAGUGUGUGUAAUAAGGAAGAAGAGGAAACUAGUGAUGAAGAAAACAACUAUGAGAAUGUAUCCCCGCCUUCAACAAGUGUGGGUAAUGAUGAAGAAGAUGAAACUAGUGAUGAAGAAAACAACUAUGAGAAUGUAUCUUUACCACAACCAGUUCAUUAUCAUUCGUAA